UGAGUAGCGUAUUCGUCUUGUGACUAUUCCAUGCGUAAAAAAUUUUAGAUACGAAAUUUCUAAACCUUUAACCAUGGUUCCCAUUCGAUGAUUAGAGGGUCACUAUUGUAUCGCUAGGAUCUUCUGCUCUUAAUGAUUUUUUCUGGAUGGACAAUCCACGGUGAGGCCGACCAUAUGAACGUUUUGGGAUCAUUGAAACAUGGGCUCCAGCUAUACAAACACACAAACCUAAGGUUGCCAUCCAUCCCCAUUGCUCCAUUCUGGUGUGGUCCAUCUGAGUUGCACACGUCGCAGUGGGUUUUUUAUUUUUACCCCAUACGUAGAGGAUAGAACCUAAUGUACAGACUAGAUUAUACAUAUACAACAUGAUGAGCCCUACAAAACAAGAUUGGAUGUUUCACGCGUUGCGUAAAACAGGGGUUUGCAUACGAUUCCGGUCCCGAAAUUGGAAGGAAGGUGAUCGAGUGGGGUCCGCAAUUUUAUUUUAUUUUUUGUCAACUGCUCGUAUUAUCAUCACAGCAUAAAUUGAAGAAUGAGAGAUAGUCAUAACCAGGCCUUCAAUGAAAGAAGAGAUGAAGUUCCUUCAGAUGCCCUUCUUGUUCAUGCUGCUGCUCUGCUCUUCACCAAAGGCCAAGGCGGCAGCCGUAAAUGGCGCCAAUGGAUCGGAAACCAUCCAUAACGGUGGGCCCAUGGGACUUGAACCAGCAGUUUCAGGCUUGAUAAGACUGGCAGAGGUGCAAGAGGAAAGUAGGCCACAAACAGGACACCAUGAACAUUUCCUAGCAAACAUGGAAAGCGGAUUGAUCUUCAAGAAUCAAGUGCGGUACUUUUUCUAUGUAAUGGAAAACAAUCCCAACAAGGAGAGAACCAUCAUCACUUUCAUUCCCAGCAAGCAGACAAGCCUGACAGCUUUCUGUAUGAAGGCAUUCCAUGCAGUGAAGGAUUUCUCCUUAGAGGCAUUCGCCGCAGCGAUGGAGACAUUUCUGUAUCUAAUAUCCUCCAAAUUCCUGUCAUCCGAGAACAACUCCAAAGACACUUUGGUGUUACCCUCCUCCAAGAAAACAUCAGAGGUUGCAUAUGCUGGAAGUAGCACAAUCAUGGCAAACAGAGAAAAUCACAUGGAUUUCAUGCAGAUUUAUGCUGAAAUUGAAGUUUAUGAGGUCUUGGAAAUAAUGGAUUGUGACAACUAUUCCGAGUUGCAUAUGGAAAGUUUCCAGAGCCUAUUUUUGAUUAUCCCCCUUCUCGUCACAUUGACAUGGAUACUGAUAUUGAUUUGUAAGCUUAAGAUAGUUCCCAGAUUACAGCAGAUGCAGUGGCAAUGGCAGCAGGCCGUCUCUCUUUCUUGGAAUCACUUGACGUUUGCACACAAAGAGGAGGUGGAAAGCAACUGUUCCAGAUUUGUUAUAAACCUGGCGACAAUCAUCUUGUUGAUAAUGGCGAUGGGUUAUGUUGCAAGAUGGAUGUCAAUUCGAACUGUUGAGAAGCUGCAAUCUACCACUAACAAUGAUUCAAAGGAAUUUGGUGUACAUGCAAGCCAUUCAAGAUCUUUGUUAUCAAACAGGGAUAGGCUCCCUAAUCAGACUUGGAUCAGCAACAAAGAAACAGUGAUAUUCAACCAGCAUUCUGGAGCUCUUGAACACAAUGAUCGGUCAAGAAGGUCCACAGCAGUAGUGUCAGGUGGAACAACUGAUUUGAAGCUGAGGAUCGCUGUCCCCCUUAAAAAUGGGUUCCAAGAGUUUAUAAAGAUAGAUCAUGAUUCAAAAGAAAACCAUUUGAUAGUGAGCGGUUUCGUUAUAGAUGUGUUCAAGGAUGCGAUGGAUGCUUUGCCUUAUCGGGUCUCCUGUGAAUUCAUUCCCUUUGAAAAUGGCCAUGAAAAUUCCUCAGGAUACUACAACGAUCUCAUCUACCAACUAAACCUCAGAGUACAGAAGUAUGAUGGGGUUGUGGGAGAUGUAACGAUAACGGCAAGCAGACUGAAGCAUGGGGACUUUACUGUUCCAUAUAUGAUGUCUGGAGUGGCCAUGAUCGUGCCAAUAGAGGAGGAAAAUGGCAUGAACAGUCUCUGGUGGUUCUUCAAGCCACUUUCGAUGGAAACGUGGCUGCUCAUAAUCACUCUUUUCAUGUUGAAGGGGGUUCUGGUUUGGAUUUUUGAGCAUGAAACAAACCAGGAAUUCCAAGGCACACCUUCAGAACAAGUCGGGAAGAUCCUCUCCUUCUCUUUCUCUAUAUUCGUCUUUGCUCAUAAGGAAAAGCUUGAAAGCAACUACUCAAAGUUCAUUUUAAACCUGUGGAUGUUCAUGGUGUUUGUAAUUGUGACCAUAUAUGCUGCAAAUGUGUCAUUGAUGCUAUCGAUCAAGUCACCACAACUGACUGUUACCAACCUAGAGUCAUUAAUUGAGAAUGGGGACUGUGUUGGGUAUCAGAAAGGAUCGUUUGUGUUUGAGCUUUUGAAGCAAUGGGGAUUCCAAGAAUCGAAGCUCAAAGCAUAUGCCACUGAAGCAGAGUAUGCAGAAGCCUUAUUGCGAGGGAGCGGCAACAACGGAGUUUCAGCUAUAGUCGACGAGAUUCCUUAUAUAAGAGUCUUCCUCACUCAUUAUGGCCAUCGCUACGCUAUGGGCGGUCUGACUCAUGUUACAGGCGGAUUUAGCUUUGUGUUUGCGAGAGGUUCAAAAAUAGUUCAUGACAUUUCUGUGGCCAUCUUAGAACUGGAGGAAAGAGGAAUCAUAUCCAACAUAAAGAGGAAAUGGUUUGAGCCCAUAACAUGUCCUGACCCACCUCAAAGCUCAUCAACUUACAAGAAGCUGGACCCACACGUCUUCCGUGGCCUCUUAAUUUUCACAGAAGCUUCUACUGGUGCAGUUCUCGUCCCCUUCAUCAUCUUCUGCAUUUAUAAAAGAUUCAUGAAAGAUAGCAUUACAAGACGAUGGGAAAGGAUCAAAGCCAUUCUUUCCCACUUGUCCAACUACUGGUGGGCCAAUUCAUCCCAAUCAACGGUGGAGAUUAGCAGCCUUCAAGAAGCUGAUACUAGUAGCCACAUGAAUGAGGGAGGCCCCGACGUGUGAGGAGAUAAAAGUGAAAGGGUCAUGGAGAGCUAAAUGAUAAUAGCACGAAUGUGGAGUGUAAUGCUUUGUUCUGCCGUCCAUGUUUCAGCAAUCCAAACCAUCUAUCUGAUCAAUUGUUUGGAUCACUGGGCCAUGGACCCCAUAUGUAGAAAUCACGUGUAUCACAAGAUGUACUAGGAAAAUUUUAUAUGGUGUACCUGUAUUUUGAAGACAUUGUCACUGCAGCCCAUGUACUCA